UUAAUGAAAAUGAAAAUCUUAAAUUGUUAUUUCUGCAAAGUGUUUUUAUUAAAGGACUAUUUUAUAAUGAAUAACAUUUUUUUAAGUGACUUAAAGGGUUUAGAACUAAUUAAAAUUGGUUUUCCUCAUGAUGCUGUCUUAUUCCCUCACAGUUAUUCCAAAGCAGCAUUGCAACCAUUAGAAGAGGUUAUUCACCAGGCUAUCAAAUCUUUAGUUCGUGUUCAAAGUAACAACCUUUUAUCAAUUGGUUAUAAAUGGAUAAGUGAAAGAGCCAAAGAAAAUGUAAUAAUAGAUUCUCAGUUAGUACAGACUUCAUUUAAUUCUUUAGUAGUUUAUUUUAAAAGUAAGUUAUGGGAACAGUUGCAUAAUGCUGUAGGGGAUGAGAUAAUACUUUUUUUACUUAAAAAGUGUUAUUUGUUUUUAACAGUACAGCAUAGUUGUUAUAUCCAGUUAUGUGGAAUUCCUUUAUACGAACUUGAUCUCCGAAAAUGUAAAUGUGUACAUACAAAAAGUGUCCCUAAUCCUGUAAUAAGACAUCAAUUAAUUCAAGCAAAUGUUGCUGAUAAAAAUAUCAGAAAACGAAAAAUGACAUUUGCAAGUUCUGAUUUUAAAAGAAAAAAGUUGGAAAAAACAGAAUUUUGUGAACCACUGAUUUUUAAUAAAAAAGUAUCAAAAAAAGCAUGUGGUUGGCUUCAACGAAACAAAAUGUUUUAUUCAAAAGUCUUAAUAAACCGCAUACAUAAAAACUUUAUUAUGAACAGAGUUCAACCAUCCAACUCUGGAGUAUACACACUCAUGCAAGCAGUAUUUCACUUUAAAGAUAGCGGGAGAAUAAAAAGGUUGCCCACACGUUUAAUCUUUUUUCGGACAUUUUUUAAGAAGAUUAUUUUAAAUUUUAAACUAAUAAAUAUGAAAAAGCUUCUAGCUUGCUAUUGUCCUUUACCUAAAUGGUUUAAGGAUAUAGAGAAAAAUGAAGUACUUAAAGGAAAAUUUAGAUACAAGUUAGCAGUGCAGUCAUUUGUACCAGAGCAAAAGGUAUUCUUGUUGUUGCGUAAGAUAGUUGAAAUGUUAAUACCUAACAACUUCUGGGGCGCUCUACAUAACAAAAAAUAUUUUUUUAAAUCUUUGCUUAAAUUUCUUCGCAUGGGAAGGUAUGAGCGGUGCACUGUAGAUUAUGUGAUGAAAAACAUCAAAAUAUCAUUAUUUAAUUGGACAUCUUCAACCAAUCAUAAGCAGCAGUGUAGUAAACGUUUUAAUGUUAUAAGAAGCAUGUUUCUUUGGUUAUACAAUGACUUUCUAAUUCCUAUUGUUCGAGCUUUUUUUUAUGUGACUGAAACUAGCAGUCAAAAAUUUUGUAUUUUUUUUUAUCGUAAACCUGUAUGGAAAAUGAUUACUGAUAUUGGAAUGAAGUCGUCUGUUGUAUAUAAAAAGUUGUCUGUAAAAGAUGUUACUAAUAAGUUGAAAACAUCUGAAUGUAUUGGCGUGUAUGAUAUACGUUUGAUUCCAGGUCAAGAAAAGGUUCGUCCAAUUGCAAAUAUGAACUCAUCAUGGCGUGGCAUUAAUUUAAAAGAAAAAUUUUUUAUCAAUUAUGAGUUAGAGAAUAUACAUCUAGCACUUAGGUAUGAAUGUGAGCAGAGUCCUCAAUUAUUGGGAGCAUCAGUUUGCGAAUCUACAAAGUUGUUUAUGAAAUGGAAAAAUUUCAGAUCUCAUAUUAAAAUGAAUUACCAAGAAAACCCUAAUUUUUAUUUUGCUAAAGUUGAUAUUGGACGUUGUUUUGACACAUUGCCACAAGAUCAUGUUUUAGAUCUACUCUCAUCUGUUUUAAAACAAAAGUCUUACUUAAUAAGAAAAUAUACACGACUGAAGUAUUCUCAAAAUGGUAUAUCAAAAAAAAUAUCGAAAGUUGCAACAGAUGGUAUGGAGUGUGUCACAUUUAUUGAUUUUAUAAGACAUGGUUUAAAAUGUGGAACAAUUGUAGGAAAUGGUUGUGUAUUCAUUGAUAAUGUAUAUACAAAGUUGGCGUAUAAAACAGAUCUCAUAAGUCUUCUCAAAAAGCAUGUGAAGUUUUCAAUUGGAAAGAUUGGCAACACUUUUUUGAAGCAAGAAAAUGGAAUACCCCAAGGUUCUGUUAUUGCUGCCAUUAUAAACGAUCUACAUUAUGGAAAUAUUGAACAAAAACAUUUAAAUGAAUUUUUGGCAUCUCCAGAUUAUUUGCUGAUGCGAUGGGUAGACGACUAUUUAUUUGUCGCAACUUCUCGUGAUACUGCUAUAUCUUUUAUUUACAAGUUACAUCAAUCUGUAGCUAUGUAUGGUGCAUCAAUAAAUAUGAAAAAAUUUGAAAUAAAUUUUAAUAUGCAAUUUGAAGGUUUGAGCAUUAAAAGUAUUGAUGGUUUGUUCUUCCCGUGGUGUGGGUAUUUCAUCCAUCAACACAAUUUAGAGCUUAUGUACAACUAUAUGCAGUAUAUAGGGGAACAUAUCAAAGAUAGCAUAACUAUUGAACAUAAUUUUAAUCCUGGUUUGUCUAUGUCGAGAAAGUUACUUCAAGCUGUAUCUGUAAAAGCAACUACUCUUGUUUUAGACACCAUUUUUAAUUCAAAUGACACCAUCAUUUUAAAUAUAUACCAAAUCUUUAGAUUUAUAGGAAUCAAAUUUUAUGUGCAUGUUAAAUAUGGUGAUGAUAAUUGGUUCGAUCAUCAAAAUUUUUACGCGGAUUUAGUUUUAUGUAAAAUUCCCCUAAAGUUCGUGAGUUCUUUAAAAAAUAAUUAUAAAAAAAGGCACAUAGCAGAAAAAAAACAUUUUAAUGUUCUAUCAAGAGAAAACACGAAUGAACAAGAAUAUUAUGCGCAACGCAUAACAACGAAUGCAAGAUUUUUCUCAAGAUUUUCUAACUGUCUAAUAAAACAAGAGUUAGUGCAGUUUUUGUGUUAUCAAGCGUUUUUAGACACUUUACGACCAAAACAAACCAUGUUCAAAAAUCUAAUCAAAUCUCUUGUAACUCAGAUAAAACGUUUAAAAUGCGUUUCGCAAACGGUUGACUUGAAAAAGCUCCGCGAACGAUCCAAAUUUUUUGCGCUUUUUAAAACCUCUUAUGAAAAACAUCAAAAACGGCAUUGACUAAUGACUUAUAAAUAAAUAUUAAUGCUAUUGUAUCUCUAAAAUCGUUUGUUCAUCAAUUCUUAAUCAUUUUUAUUUACUAUGUGUUUUUGAAUACUUGACUCAUAAUCUAAAGACUUACAUUGGUUGAUUGCGAACCAAUCCAAAGAUACAGUGAUCGCUUUACGAUGCUAUCUUCUUUUGAUGUCUUUAAUACAAAAAGGAUGUGAUAAUAUAAAAGCAAUUUAAAUUUCUAAUCAUUUUUUACCUUUUAAUUUAUAAUUAUAUGUAUUUACCUGUAAUAAUAUGUAAAUUUCGGCAUCGUGAAAUGUCCCGAAAUUUCUUUUUAAUUGAAUUAUGAGUCUUUCAUUC